UCACUCCUCAGUAAAAGGUCUCUCUCCAUCUUCAGAACAGUCCCAGGUCUGAACUGGCCAUCCAAGAAACUCAGGAGGAGGAGCUGACAGUCUCUGCAUCCCUCACCCCCCUGGGACAGGACCCAGCAUGUCUCAGGCCACCAAGAGGAAGCAUGUGGUGAAGGAGGUGCUGGGGGAGCACAUGGUGCCCUCUGACCAGCAGCAAAUUGUGAGGGUACUCAGGACCCCAGGGAACAAUCUGCAUGAAGUGGAGACAGCCCAAGGGCAGCGCUUCUUGGUGAGCAUGCCCUCCAAAUACCGUAAGAACAUCUGGAUCAAGAGAGGGGACUUUCUCAUUGUUGACCCCAUUGAAGAGGGAGAAAAAGUGAAGGCCGAGAUCUCCUUUGUGCUCUGCAAAGACCAUGUGCGCUCUCUGCAGAAGGAAGGGCUCUGGCCUGAGGCCUUCUCAGAAGUGGCCGAGAAACACAACAACAACAGGCAUAGACAGACUCAGCCAGAACUCCCAGCGGAGCCCGAGUCAUCAGGAGAAGAGUCCAGCUCUGAAGACGAUUCUGACCUCUUUGUUAACACCAACCGCAGACAGUAUCACGAGAGCGAGGAGGAGAGUGAAGAGGAGGAGGCGGUCUGAGUCCCCGGACCCACUUCUCUUGCUCAGAGACGAGUUCUUGGCUCCUCUGAGCUUGGACAUUCUCAGGGUGUUCUGCAGAUCUUCCCCCCACCCCGGGAUGGGGGACAAGACAGGGCCCCUCUCUGAACUGACCUUCUGCUCGAGGAGAAUUAAACCCCUGGUGGGUGAUGACUUGU